UCAUUUUUCAGCUGUUACCCAACUAAUGACCAAAGUAAAUAAUCAAUUCUUACAACAAAAUUGAUUUUAAUGUGUUAAAAACAUUAGAGUUUAUGAUGACAUGACCGACCAGAUUAUUACUUAAUUAACUAAAAGGAAACAGUCGUAGUGAAUACACAAUGUAUUAUCUAUCUAGCAAUGUUACAUUUAUUGUUACAAGAGGAUAAUUUUUUACUUCGGCUGAAUUGUAACGAAUGCUAGGAGGAAUCUAACAGGAUCUAUACAUUUGGAGUAUUAUGUCUGUAGAAAAUGAGAUGUGACGAAGCCUUUUCUAUAGUUUUUGUGCUGUUAUUACUACAGAAAUUAGUUCAUUCAGUAAUCCAAGGACAAAAUUUCACAAAUGAACAAAGAUUAUUCAUGACAGAUGAACAACGAUUAUUAUCUGUUUUGAUGAAACAUUACAGCAGCGAGACCAGACCUGUAUUCAAUGCGUCACAUCCGGUUGUGGUGCGAUUGGGAAUAACAUUAACUCAGCUGUUUGAUGUUGAUGAAAAAAAUCAAGUAUUAGUUCUGAACAUAUGGCUUGAUCAGGAAUGGAAAGAUGAAAAGCUACUUUGGGAUCCAGCUGAUUAUAACGGGCUAGAGUUGCUCCGAAUACCUUGUACGAAACUAUGGAGACCUGAUAUCAUACUCUAUAACAGUGCCAAUGACUACACAAACAAAUAUAUGGAAUCUUUAGCAAUGGUCAGUAAUGAUGGAAACGUUUUCUGGCCUCCUAUAGUCAAAUUUCGUAGCACUUGCCAAAUGGAUAUAACCUAUUUUCCAUUUGAUGACCAAAUAUGCAAGUUAAAGAUGGGUUCUUGGUUGUAUGAUGGAUUCCAAGUUGAUGUUACAAACAGAUCUGUGGAUAUAGAUUUGUCUAACUAUGUAGAAAAUGGGGAAUGGAAGUUAAUUGACACAAAAGCUAUUCGAAACGUAGUUGUCUAUCCAUGUUGUCCGACACCGUUCCCCGAUGUUACGUUUCAUAUUCAUAUUCGUCGCAGGACCACGUACUAUAUGUACAAUGUGAUUAUUCCAUCAGCCAUGUUAGCGUCCUUGACAUUACUUGGAUUUUGGCUUCGUCCAGAUAGCGGAGAGAAGAUAACCCUAGGGUUAACCGUAUUGCUCUCGCUCUCCGUGUUUAUGUUACUUAUUGCUGAGAAUACUCCGGCCACAUCAUUCUAUGUCCCAUUACUUGGAAUUUAUCUGAUCACCGCCAUGUCCUUUACUUCUUGUUCUAUCAUUUUUUCCGUCCUUGUAUCAAAUAUUUAUAUGAAGGGAAUGCAUGAUCCAGUGCCGCUUCCAUAUUGUUUUAAAAGGGUUGUGACAUUUCUAUCAAAAGCAAUGUGCAUGACACUAUAUCAUAUACCAUAUCAGCCAAAACCGUCACAGACUCAUUUAGUUGAAACUGUUUAUACAGGAAAUGGAAGUUUCCGAAAAUUACCGAUGGUUAACGGAACUACCCGAGUCUGUGAUAGCAUACUUUUCGUUAAAGGUGAAAACGAAGUAAAUAACUCAAAUCAGCCAAAUCCAUAUAACACUUCACAGGAAAAUACUGAGAAAUUUCAAGAAUUAGUAUUACAAACAUUACAAAACCUGAUAGAUAGAGAGGAAGAAAAAGACCGAGAAACAAAUUUACGGAAUCAAUGGCAAGAAGCAGGGACAGUUCUCGACAGAUUCAUGUUUUGGUUGUUUUUCACUGGCACCCUGACUGGUACUUUAUAUCUCCUUAUUUUCUUGCCGAUGAGAAAGGAGGUUCAUUUAUGAGUAUUGCUAGCAUGUUGCUUGAUAAAUUUUCGAUGAUAUUCUAAGAGACAAGCAUAUUGUUUGUGUCUUUUAACAUUGAAAUAUAUGUUGAUAAACGAUUUGAUGCUGCCUGCGUGUUAGAAGCGAAGAAAUAAGCAUGUUUUUGAACGGUGCUGAAUAGCGUACAAGCAUUGCGUAAAUCACCAUGCAUAUAAUUGAAUAAACGAAAAAUGGAAAAUGUGUUAAUAAUUAUUGUCUUAAUGUAUUU